AUGUCUGCCAAAUAUCCGCCGAAAAUCAUCAGUAUCGGACGAGAACGAGUUAAAACUGCGACACUAUUUUCAUCGGCUAGUUUUGAAUGUUUAGGAGAAGGAAACCCACCUCCAACGUAUCAGUGGAUUCAGAAAAGGCCAACUCCUUCAGAUAGUAUCAUUGAAAGAGGAAGAGAUGCCAAACUAUAUAUAAGUAAUGUGACGUACGAUUUCCAAGGAGAAUAUCGCUGCAAAGUAACGAAUAUCAUUAAGGGUGAAGAAAGGACGGAAAUAAGCGAGCCAAUCAUUUUGCAAGUACACGGAGCACCACAAGUUUUGCGACAGUCUGCCAUGCCAGAAGUCAUUGUUGAACGUGGUCAGCCGGCAGAUUUGAGUAUGGUGGUUUGCGCAGAUCCUAGGCCUAGACUAGUCGCCUGGGAAUGGGGAUCCUUAAGAUUGGAAGCUGGAACGGAAAUGGGAAAAUACAGGGUAGAUGAUGUUAUGCAAGAAGAAAGAGAAGACUGCUAUUUAGCGACUCUGCACAUCAAGGACACUUCAUCAACUGACUCAAGAGCUUACUAUUUAGCAGUUGAAAACGAUAAAGGAACUGAUCGACAUGCUGUUCAACUAUACGUAAACGAGCCUCUACAGAUGAGUACGCUCGUGAGCGUGGCUGGGGCGCUUCUGGUGGCCUUCCUGCUUUUCAUUUGCGGUUGCGUGUACGCAAUUCGAGCCGAAAAAUGCUGCUUCGCCCGAAAGGGCGACUUCAAACCUACAGAGAUAGAUGGGCAAAAAAUAGACAUCGAAAAGAUGGCCACAGGCCCCGGAGGUAUCCCAGCCGACGCAAUAUAUACAACAACGCCUCGUAGCGGCGGCGGAGGCAAUAUGCCGCAACAGCAUCACCAUCAUGGUACCAGUCCAGAAGCAAUGAAGCAUCAACAACCCACUACACUUACAUUCAAUGGUAGAAGUAGCUUAGGAGGGUCGAAACAAAAGGCAGAAAACUUCUAUUCUAGUCUGAUGGACACACAUACAAAUACUCGUAUCUUGUCGGCCGACUUCUUCGAAUCCGACAAUGAUACGGAAAAUUACCAACAAGACAAAUACCAUAGUUUUAGUAGAUACUCGAACCAUAAAUCAAAAGACAAUUGGUCAUACGGUGCCGGUACCACUGCUGGUAUUAACUCACAUCGGUACUCGCUACCAAAUGAUAAUAAAUAUACGAGAAAGUCUGAACAUAAAAAGUACCAUAAAAAAGAAAAAGCCAGACCGAAACCGUUGCAAUUCGAGCACGAAAAGUACUAUGACCAUGUGUUUCCAAAGAGAGAUGUUAGAGUAGGUACUGAUUUCUUUUACCAGCCCAAUAGUUUAGACCAUGCAGAAUUGUAA